AUGAAGACGGUGAAUGUUGACGUCUUGGUGUGCGGCGGAGGCAUGUCCGGAAUGGCUUGCGCAGCCUUCGCCUCAGCAGCUGGAGCUAAGGUCCUGCUUGUCGAGAAGCAAUCAGAAGUUGGAGGAUCCUCCAACUAUUCUGCCGGCAUGUUUUGGGCACCCAAAAACUUUGCCAGCAUGAGAGAAUGGGUAGCCGACGGUGAUCCAAACUUACAGCAAGCUUGGCUUCAGGACUACCUUCCUGCUGUCCAAUGGAUGAGAGAGAAUGGUGUGCCAACAUCGUCAAGAUUCGGGCCCAUCAUGACAAUCGGUAUCGGCUACCCGAUCAAGAUAAAAUCUUUGCAUAAUCAUCACAAACAGAGAAUUUCUAGCAGCAAAACAGAAUCGGAAAUCCUUCUCAAUUCACAAGUCGUUAAGCUGAUCCAAGAACAACCCUGCCUCCCGGGAUCAAGUGUUACCGGUGCCAUCAUCCGAACGAAGUCCUCACAGCAAGAUGCCCCAAGCUAUGUUUUGGUCAACGCAAAGCAGGUUGUACUUGCUACAGGGGGGUUCCAAGGUUCGAGCGAGCUUAGGUCCACCCACCUGGGGCCGGGGGGCAGUGAUAUCUUUGUACGAGCGAAUGCCGGGUCUGUUGGCGACGGCUUGACUCUUGCUACAACGGUGGGGGCUGGAUUGAGCCGGGGACUGGACACCUUUUACGGCCACCUAAUGGCGGCACCGGUUAGGAAAGAAGACGUUUCUCCUAGCGAUUAUCUGCCACUAGCUCAAUAUCAGAGCAAGUAUUGCAUUUUGAUCAACGAAGACGGAAAGAGGUUCGUAGACGAGACCCUCGGUGAUGAAGUGGUCAAUCAAUGCCUCGCCAAGGAGAGAGGCAGAAGAGGCUUUAUUCUAUUUGAUGAAAAAUCUCGGGCUGAGCACUGUGUGUCAGCCCUUUUCCCCAAUGCCGGGGAUAUUGACCGUCUGGAAAAAGCACGGUCCUAUGGCUGUAACGUCGCGAGUGCUGACACUCUUGAUCAACUCUGUACUAUUCUAGAAUCCUGGGGCGUAAAUGGCCCACAGGCGAAGCAAACAAUGGACCAGUAUCUCAAGGCUGUCGGCCAAGGGGAUUCAGCCACUAUUCUAGAGGCUUCAGUUGGAAAGAUUGGGCAGCCUCCACGACCUCUGGUCGAAGGACAAGGUCCAUUUUACGCCAUGGAAGUACAGCCAUCUAUCACGUUCACCUAUGGCGGAGUGUCUAUUGAUACAGAUGGACAGGCUUUGACACCUGACCGCAAGCCAAUCAACGGCCUAUUAGUGGCUGGCGUGGAUGCCGGUGGGUUCAGCAACGUCACCUAUGCCGGAGGACUGGCGCUUGCGUUUGUAACUGGUUUCUGGGCUGCUCGAACCGCUACACGUGCGUUGAAUCUACAAGAGCCGAAACUCCCGCUACCAAACCCCGAGGAUAUGGAGAAGGAAGAGCGAUCGGUAGUUAUGAGAUCUCAACUGUAA